ACAAUCAGCGCCAAAUCCGAGGCAGCAAAGCAAAUAGCAACCCCUUCCACCUCUCUCUCCCCGUCUCGCAUUCCAAUCUUCAUGUGUAUAUAUAUUAUAAGCAAUUACUGCUUGGUUCGUCGAUAAUAUUCUCCUCCGUCGCUUUCCUUUCCCCGUCGCAACCUAUGCUUCUGUCUUCACCGCUUUUUCUCACCCUCUUUUCCCUCUUCUAGCUUCUCAGCUAUUCCUUUUUCUACAAUGGGCUUCUUCCUACUGCUGUAGCUUCCUUGUAACAACAACUAUUGGUUUCAAGUUUCUAGAGAGUUCGCUUCAAUGGCGGAGCAUGUUUACUGCUGUGAACCCAAGUUUUUCAUGUACUUAGCCGUAAUUGUGCUUCUCGUCCUGUUCGCUGGAUUGAUGUCUGGCCUUACCCUCGGCCUCAUGUCCUUGAGUCUUGUUGAUCUUGAAGUCCUCGCUAAGUCUGGGACUCCUAAGGAUCGCGAGUAUGCUGCGAAGAUAUUGCCUGUUGUCAGAAACCAACAUUUAUUGCUCUGUACCCUGCUAAUUUGCAAUGCUGCGGCCAUGGAGGCACUUCCUAUUUUUCUUGAUACUCUCAUUGCUUGGUGGGGAGCUAUCCUGAUUUCAGUGACAUUGAUUCUUCUGUUUGGUGAGAUUAUUCCGCAGUCUGUUUGUUCUCGUUAUGGUCUGUUGAUUGGUGCAACAGUGGCACCCAUUGUCCGUGUGCUUGUAUGGAUAUGCUUUCCAGUUGCUUUUCCAAUCAGCAAGCUUCUAGACUAUCUGCUGGGUCAUCGAAAUGCAGCCCUUUUCCGCAGAGCUGAGUUAAAAACACUUGUGGAUAUGCACGGUAAUGAGGCUGGAAAAGGUGGAGAACUGACACAUGAUGAAACAACAAUCAUUGCUGGGGCACUUGAACUAACUGAGAAAACUGCCAGUGAUGCUAUGACCCCUAUAUCUGGAACAUUUUCCAUUGAUGUUAAUGCAAGACUUGACAGGGACUUGAUGUGUUUAAUAUUGGAGAAAGGGCAUAGCAGAGUCCCAGUCUACUAUGAGCAACCUACAAACAUUAUUGGACUUAUUCUGGUCAAGAACUUGUUGACAAUUCACCCAGAAGAUGAAGCACCAGUGAAGAGUGUAACCAUUCGAAGGAUUCCAAGAGUUCAAGGAAGUAUGCCGUUGUAUGACAUUUUGAAUGAGUUCCAGAAAGGCCAUAGCCACAUGGCUGUUGUUGUAGAACAGCGCGAAAAUCAGCAAUCUUCCGAUAAACAUGGCUCAACGAAAGAGUGGAGUGUGGAUAUUGAUGGUUUUAAGCCUUCACCUGAGAGAGUUCUCUUCAAAAAGAAGCCAAUGCAUAAGUGGAAAAGCUUUCCAAAUACACGCAGUUCUCCCAGGCUUGGUUCUCGAUCCAGAAAAUGGCCAAAAGCCAUGUACUCGGAUAUUCUGGAAAUAAACGGAAGCUCACUUCCGGGGCUCCCCGAAGAAGUAGAAGCUGUUGGAAUUAUUACAAUGGAAGAUGUUAUUGAAGAGCUCUUACAGGAGGAGAUAUAUGACGAGACAGAUCAUCAUUAUGAGGACUCGUGACCAAAACAGAGCCUCUGGUCAUGUACAGAUAGACCCGAAAUAUUGGCGUCAUUUUCUUGUUUUAUCUGAAUGGAUAUUGCAACUUAGGGUUGAGAACGUUGGAUAGGUCAGGAAUGUGUGAUUAUAUUACAAGGUGAUAGGCCAUAAUUAACACAGUUGUUGCCAAGGAUCCAAAUCAACACUUGGUUUGGUUCAUGCUUCAUUGUGCCUUUGCAUGUUUUGAGGUUGGCGCAACUUAUGUAAAAAAUGUGCCAAAUUAAUGUCCUGCGCUUCUUUUCAGAACCACCUUUGUUCCCAUUAGGAGAAAAAAUUGCAUCAAUUCAAUUGUAAGUUUCAUGUUCAAGAAUCCAUUAAUCCAUGGAGUUCAGUUC